AUGACUUCAUCGAUGAUCACAGACUAUACACCAUUCUUGUCCGCAAGGGCAUUGAACAGGAAGCCUUCACCAAUCAGAGAGUUGAUGAAGAUCAUGUCUCCCGAUAUGAUAUCACUUGGAGGAGGACUACCCAAUCCCGCUACAUUCCCAUUCAAGAACAUUAGCUUUGAGUUAAAGACUGGCGAGUCAUUGUCAAUCACUGGUACAGACUUACAGGUUGCCCUUCAAUACUCUCAGUCCUACGGUAUCGAAUCAUUCACAAAGUGGCUGAAGGAGUUCCAACAAAACACUCAUAACUUGGUCGAUCCCACAACUCCAGGCCGCCAAUGGACUGUUGAGGUUACGAAUGGAAGCCAAGAGGGCCUGACUGAGGCCAUUGAUACAUUGCUUGGUGAGGGCGAUUCAGUGAUUGUUGAAUCACCGACAUACAGUGGCACGCUAUCCAUAUUCAACCCAAUUGGUGUUACCCUGGCUGGCGUACCAGUCGACGCCCACGGAAUCGUACCCGAGCAGUUGGAGGACUUGUUGGCCAACUGGGACACAAGAUACGCUGGCAAGCCCAAGCCCAAAGUAUUGUACACCAUCCCCACUGGACAGAACCCAUCUGGAUGCACGAUGACAGUGGAGAGGAAGCGAUCUGUCUAUGCGAUUUGUUCAAACAAGGUGCUCUCAUCAGGACUGCGCAUUGGCUUUGUCACGGGCCCAGCCGCCCUCGUCGAGAAGACACAGAUCAUGCAUCAGGCCACAUCGUUGCACGCAAGUGGCGUCAGUCAGAUGAUCGCGUACACCCUGCUCAAGGCAUGGGGCAAGGAGGGCUUCAACAAGCAUGUUGCUUACAUCCAAGAGUUCUAUCGCGCCAAACGCGACACGUUCUGCGAGUGUCUGGACAGGUAUCUUGGCGACAUGAUCGAGUACAACAAGCCUGUCGCCGGCAUGUUUGUUUGGAUCAAGGUCAAGGGCGUCAACGACACAUUCUCACUCAUCAGCACCAAGGCCAUCGAGAAGAAGGUCAUCCUGACGCCUGGCAUUGCCUUCAGUCCAGACACUUCAGUGCCCUCGACCUACGUGCGAGCAUCCUUCUCCACAGCCACCACCGAGCAGAUGGACGAGGCAUGCAAGAGAUUCGGCGAGUUGUUAAAGGAGAAUGUACAUUCAUCAGCUGUGUCCAAGUAA